UAAAGAACGACAACAACUUUCGAACUUCCGUGCCGCCAGAAAGAAAAAUGAUACUAAAUCUAAAUCUGCGUCUUUAAUAGUAUUUUGAUUUAUCGCUUAUAAAUUUUAAAAUGAGUUCUUCUGCUAAGGUUGGAGAAAUUUUCACAGCUGCUGGCUCUGCUUUUACCAAACUAGGAGAACUAACUAUGCAGCUUCACCCUUCUUCAGAUCAAAAUGCUGGGGGAAUAGGAGGAAAAUGGACGGAGCAAGAAAUAGAGAUGUUGAGAGGUGCAGUGAAGCGGUUUGGAGAAGAUCUAAACAAGAUCAGUGAAGUUAUUAAAAGCAGAACUAUCUCACAGAUCAGAACACAGCUAAAGAGAAAAGCCUAUGAAGAUGCUGGCCUUCAGCCACCGUCCACCACCACCCCAGCCAAAACACCAACCGCAACAAAAGCAGCUGCCAAACAAGCUGUUUCCUCAGUCUCAGCCCAAGUGACUGCCGAGCCUCAUGCUAAAAAACAAAAAACCUCUGAAGUGACACUGAGUGCUCUCAAUGCACCUGAGGGAGAUGUGGAUAUUGAAGGGUUGGGUGACUCCAGCAGUCAUAAAAAACUGGACUUUGACUCAGAUGUGGAUUCAAGUAUGUUGUAAUGAAAGGGCUGUGUGGUAUGGUAGUGUUUUGAUGAGUGUGUUGAAAUUCUUAAUGGGCAAUUGUCACUUAAUGUCAAGUGAGUUAUUGUAUUAUAGAAUGGUGUGCCAGAUUUCUUGGGGGUAUCAUUGAUUGAUUCUGUUGUUAUGAUUGUAAUGUUAUGAUUGUAGUAGUGUUUUAUUACUAUGAAUUUUAGUAGUAUUGCAUGAGAGCAAUGAUAUUUUAAUGCUUUUUACUAGGUAAUUAUGUUUUUUGUUUUGCUAGAUAGUAAAUUACUGGUGUUAUAAUGUCACUUGCCCAGGCAGUGAUAUUUUAAUGUCACUUGCCCAGAAGUGAUAUUUUAAUGUCACUUGCCCAGGAAGUGAUAUUUUAAUGUCACUUGCCCAGGCAGUGAUAUUUUAAUGUCACUUGCCCAGGCAGUGAUAUUUUAAUGUCACUUGCCCAGGAAGUGAUAUUUUAAUGUCACUUGCCCAGGAAGUGAUAUUUUAAUGUCACUUGCCCAGGAAGUGAUAUUUUAAUGUCACUUGCCCAAGCAGUGAUAUUUUAAUGUCACUUGCCCAGGAAGUGAUAUUUUAAUGUCACUUGCCCAAGCAGUGAUAUUUUAAUGUCACUU